AUGGCCCUUCCAAGAUCCGUGUGGCUGAACUGCGUAUGGAGAGCGAUGAUGGUCCGUCUAUUACACAUGGGAUUGGAUGCCACUUUUGUUCUUUGUAUACUUGGAUUUUUGCUUCAUGCUGCAGCUGUGUCCUCACAAAAAUUGGAUGAUAUUGACCCACUCGUGACCACCAACUUUGGCAAGAUAAGAGGGAUUAAGAAGGAACUUAAUAAUGAAAUUUUGGGGCCUGUUGUUCAGUUUCUUGGGGUUCCUUAUGCUGCCCCACCAGUAGGAGAGCAUCGCUUUCAACCUCCUGAACCUCCAUCUCCCUGGUCAGAUAUCAAAAAUGCUACUCAGUUUGCUCCAGUGUGUCCACAGAACAUUAUAGAAGGCAGAUUGCCUGAAGUCAUGCUUCCUGUGUGGUUUACUAAUAACUUGGAUGUAGUUUCUACCUAUGUGCAAGAUCAGAAUGAAGACUGCCUCUAUUUAAAUAUAUAUGUCCCAACUGAGGAUGUCAAAAGAAUAUCCAAGGAAUGUGCCAGAAAACCCGGCAAGAAAAUUUGUAGAAAAGGAGGUCCCCUUACAAAGAAACAGACAGAUGAUUUAGGUGAUAAUGACGGUGCUGAAGAUGAAGACAUUCGGGACAGUGGGGGACCUAAGCCAGUGAUGGUGUAUAUUCAUGGAGGGUCCUACAUGGAAGGCACUGGAAAUUUAUAUGAUGGCAGUGUUCUGGCAAGUUAUGGCAAUGUGAUAGUCAUCACAGUCAACUAUCGCCUUGGGGUACUUGGUUUCUUGAGUACUGGGGAUCAAGCAGCAAAAGGAAACUAUGGCCUCCUUGAUCUAAUCCAGGCUUUGCGAUGGACUAGUGAAAAUAUUGGGUUCUUUGGUGGUGACCCAUUAAGAAUAACUGUUUUUGGAUCCGGUGCAGGCGGUUCAUGCGUCAAUCUGUUGACUUUAUCCCAUUAUUCUGAAGGACUUUUUCAAAGAGCAAUAGCUCAAAGUGGAACAGCUCUCUCCAGCUGGGCAGUUAGUUUCCAACCUGCAAAAUAUGCCAGGAUGUUGGCUACAAAAGUUGGUUGCAACAUGUCAGACACUGUAGAAUUGGUAGAGUGUCUACAGAAGAAGCCUUAUAGAGAACUUGUGGACCAGGACAUUCAACCAGCACGAUACCACAUAGCCUUUGGACCAGUAAUUGAUGGUGAUGUGAUACCAGAUGAUCCUCAGAUAUUGAUGGAACAAGGAGAAUUCCUCAACUAUGACAUAAUGUUGGGAGUUAACCAAGGAGAAGGUUUAAAAUUUGUUGAAAAUAUAGUUGAUAGUGAAGAUGGCAUAUCAGCUAGUGAUUUUGACUUUGCUGUUUCCAAUUUUGUCGAUAACUUAUAUGGAUACCCUGAAGGCAAAGAUAUAUUGAGAGAAACUAUUAAAUUUAUGUAUACUGACUGGGCAGACCGACACAAUCCAGAGACAAGAAGGAAAACACUGCUAGCUUUGUUUACUGAUCACCAGUGGGUUGCACCAGCAGUGGCUACAGCAGAUCUUCAUUCGAAUUUUGGAUCGCCUACAUACUUCUAUGCCUUCUACCAUCAUUGCCAAACAGAUCAGGUACCUGCUUGGGCAGAUGCAGCCCAUGGAGAUGAGGUUCCUUAUGUACUGGGAAUCCCUAUGAUUGGUCCUACUGAAUUAUUUCCCUGUAAUUUCUCCAAAAAUGAUGUCAUGCUAAGCGCAGUGGUGAUGACAUACUGGACAAACUUUGCAAAAACUGGUGACCCAAAUCAACCAGUCCCACAAGAUACAAAAUUCAUUCAUACUAAACCCAAUCGUUUUGAGGAAGUAGCAUGGACCAGAUAUUCUCAAAAAGACCAACUGUAUCUUCACAUUGGAUUAAAACCACGAGUGAAGGAACAUUACAGGGCCAAUAAAGUGAACCUGUGGCUGGAACUGGUACCUCAUCUGCACAAUCUUAACGACAUUUCACAGUAUACCUCGACCACAACUAAAGUGCCAUCAACUGAUAUUACUUUCAGACCAACAAGGAAAAAUUCUGUACCUGUUACUUCAGCCUUUCCUACAGCCAAACAAGAUGAUCCCAAACAACAACCAAGUCCAUUUUCAGUGGAUCAAAGGGACUAUUCCACAGAGUUGAGUGUUACUAUUGCAGUUGGAGCAUCUUUGCUAUUCCUAAACAUUCUGGCCUUUGCAGCAUUGUACUACAAAAAGGACAAGAGGAGACAUGAUGUUCAUAGGAGAUGUAGCCCACAGCGUACUACUACCAAUGAUCUUGCCCAUGCACAAGAAGAGGAGAUAAUGUCCCUCCAAAUGAAGCACACUGACUUGGAUCAUGAAUGUGAGUCCAUCCAUCCACAUGAGGUGGUUCUUCGGACCGCCUGUCCCCCAGACUACACACUAGCUAUGAGAAGGUCUCCUGAUGAUAUUCCCUUAAUGACACCCAACACCAUUACAAUGAUUCCCAACACUAUACCAGGGAUUCAGCCCCUACACACAUUCAAUACCUUUACUGGAGGACAGAAUAAUACUCUGCCCCACCCCCAUCCCCACCCCCAUUCACACUCAACAACCAGGGUAUAG